AUGAAGCCAGAAAAUUUACACUGCACCUCUUAUGUCUGCUCCGAAGGGCCUAACCCGGAGUAUGAAAAACGAUUUUUCAAAGAUCUGAAUGACAAUGUUUUGAUAACGGACAUUUACACAAAUGGAACACGCUGUGCAGCAUCUGUCAAGCUUACUCCAGCUCAGAUGAAACUCUAUGACGUAUACGGUUCACACCCCCACAUCUCUCUCUCAAAAGCUCCCACCGACAGGUGGCGGGAUCUGGGUCCGUUUGUAGCUCAGUGUAGUGCAGCAAACGACUGGCAGCCUGCCACUGGAAAUCUCUCACAUGCAGAGAUCUCACCUUUGCUGGCACAAGUCCCUAGUACACUCUGGGCAGCCAACAAAUAUGAUGUAGGCCUGAUAAAAAAUUGUGAACCGGUUCAGAUAAUCCUAAAGUUGACUUACAGACCCCAACAACGCCAAUACCCACUCAGAAAAGAAGCUACAGAGGGCAUAACACCAGUUUUUAACUCUCUCCUCGAGGCUGGGAUUAUUAUUCCAUGUGAAGAUUCACCAGUACAGACUCCGAUCUUUCCAGUAAAAAAGAUCCGUCCUGCUGGACAGCCCACAGAAUGGCGUUUUGUGCAGGACCUACAAGCUGUAAACUCUGCCAUCAUCGCCCCUACUCCUAAUGUUCCCAAUCCAUACACUAUUCUCAGCCAGAUUCCCUCUUCUGCUAAAUGGUUUUCCGUUGUGGACCUGUCUAAUGCUUUUUUCUCUAUCCCCGUUCAGAAAGACUCCCAGUUUUGGUAUGCUUUCCAGUUGGGAGGAAAGCGUUAUACAUGGACACGCCUGUGCCAAGGACUGACCUGCAGCCCUACCCUUUUUUGUCAGGCUUUGUCUCGCAGUCUCUCCCCUCUCACACUCUCUCCAGGUUCAGUUUUGCUGCAGUAUGUUGAUGACCUUCUCAUCGCAGCCCCAACAAAAGAACAGUGUGAGACAGACACCAUCCUCCUCCUGCGCCAUCUUGCUGAAGAAGGCCAUAAAGCAUCCCUGUCUAAACUACAGUUUGUAAAACAGGAGGUGACCUUUUUGGGCCACAUCCUCACACCACAGGGUAAAUCUCUCUCUCCCUCUCGGGUUAAAGCUGUGGCAGAGACACCUAAACCCAUGACUAAAAAACAAGUUCUUUCUUUCCUGGGCAUGUGUUCUUACUGUCAACAUUUUAUUCCCAAUUUCUCCGAGAUGGAGAGACCGCUGAGAGACAUCGUGCACAAAAGAGACCUGACAGCUUCCAGCCCCAUCCAGUGGACUGAGGAGGCAAACGCUGCGUUUGAAAACCUUAAACUGUCCUUGCAGUCCACUCCCACUUUGGGCAUCCCAGAUCCGGAGAAGCCAUUCACACAGUUUGUUGAUGAAAAACAUGGCUGUAUGACCUCAGUUCUUUUACAGGCUCAUGGGGGUCAGCUGAAACCUGUUGGCUACUUCUCCCGCUUAUUAGACCCUGUUGCCAGAGGCCUCCCAGCAUGCUUGCGUGCAGUGGCUGCCUGCAAGUCUGCAGUGCUAGCCUCAAGUGACUUUGUGGGUUACACCCACCUGGACCUUCUGGUGCCUCACUCUGUUGCAUCUAUCCUACAGGAACAGAAAAUAUCACACCUCACGCCAGCACGAUGGCUCAGAUAUCACACCACACUUCUAGGUUUGCCAAAUGUUCAUGUUAAAAAAUGUGCUGUGCUUAACCCUGCCACCCUCAUGCCUUUACCGGGUGAGGGUGAACCCCAUUCUUGCCUUGCAGAACUCCAACACACCUGCACCCCGAGACCGGACCUGAAAGAUGACCUGAAAGAUGUACCUGUACCAAAUCAGAUGGUACACCAAAUGUCGGCGUGGGACCUCCAGGACCUCCCAUGGAUACCGCCCUCUGCGAGAGCACAGGUAAAGGAGACACUCCCACCCUCGGCUGACACGCCGCUCCAUGACCUGAAACCUGGUGAUUACGUGGUCAUAAAGAACUUCAGGAGGAAGUCCUGGCAGCAUCAGCACUGGCUUGGACCUUUCCAGAUCCGCCUCACCACUCACACGGCUGUGAAAGUUGCUGAGAGAGCCACCUGGACACACGCCACCCACUGCAGACGAGUCCCGGAUCCGACAACUCCACCAACUGACCCUGACACCUCCGGAUAG